AUGGCUCCUGGCACUAGCCCCCACAGCUCUCGGUUCACUGCGGCUCUGCUCUUCCUGAUUUCCCCGCUGUUUGUUGCGUGCACUGGCACUAUCCCUGCGCCAAUCGUAGUGUCCCCUAGUCAAUACUGGGAAGGCAAUGAUGGUCCUUGGUCAUCUUUCACCAUACAAGUCGGCACUCCGGCUCAAAAUGUCCGAGUUUUGAUAUCAACUGCUGGUACUGAAACAUGGGUGGUCCUCCCAGAAGGCUGCGCGAGCGAUGCUCCACCGAAUUGUGCCACCUUGAGAGGAUUAGAAUUCAACAUCAGUGCAUCUAAGACGUGGAAAGCAAACAACUUCUAUACUCUCGAGCUGGAGUCAAACCUGGGACUAAGUGGAAAUGGUGAAUUCGGCUUUGAUACAGUAGGGCUCAGCUGGCAGGGAAGUGGUGGCCCUUCAUUAGACCAUCAGCUCGUUGCUGGCAUUGCCACUUCGGAUUUUUGGCUUGGGACAUUUGGGCUUACUCCUCGGCCGACAAACUUCAGCAGCUUCAACGAUCCGCAGUCUAGUUUCAUGGAGACUUUGAAGAAUAAAUCCAUGAUACCGAGUCUAUCAUGGGCUUAUACCGCUGGGGCUCCCUACCGGUUCGAGAAAGUCCUCGGAAGUUUGGUACUGGGCGGCUAUGAUCUCUCCAAAACAGGACCUACAAACAUGAGCUUUGCGUUUGCGCCGGAUAUCUCUCGGGACUUAACUGUUGGGCUUCAAUCAAUUUCUACGUCUUUUCUUGGAACGAGUCACGGUCUCCUUCCGAAUGGCAUUUUAACCAUGAUCGAUUCCACAGUGCCUGCGAUUUGGCUUCCCAUAGAAGCGUGUCAGCAAUUCGAGAAGGUCUUCGGCUUGACGUGGGAUGCAACGAGCGAACUAUACUUGGUCAACGACACAUUGCAUACUACUCUAGUGAAAAACAAUGCGAGCUUCACGUUCAGUCUUGCAAAUUCCACGAAAGGGGGCCAGGUGCUCGACAUCACACUCCCGUAUGCAAGCUUCGAUUUGUCGGUCGGUUGGCCUAAAGUUGCGAACACCUCGAGGUAUUUCCCACUUAUGAGAGCCGCAAAUGACACACAAUAUACCCUUGGUCGAACCUUUCUGCAAGAAGCGUAUCUCACGGUCGACUAUGAGCGAUCAAAGUUUUAUGUCUCUCAAACUGCCUUCCAGGAAGGUGCUACCGAGCACAUAAUCACAAUUUCGUCGCCUAAUUCGACUGUGACUGUAGUACCGAGUCCACCAUCGGGCCACUCUUUGCCGACCGCUGCAAUUGUUGGCAUUGCUGUUGGCUGCGUUAUACUGGGAGUUGUCGGGGUGCUCGCUCUUCUGUUCUUCCUCAAGAAACGGCCUUUCGCGAAGCCAAAGGAGGAUGCUAAACCGUCCGAAGAGCCGCCGAUAGAAAUGACAGAGCAUACCUUUGGUGGGAAACCGGAGUUGGAUGAUACUGCAAUGCCUCCUAAACCUCCAACGGAGAUGGCCGCCGUGGCAGUUGAAUAUUAUCCGCCGGACAAGGAUGCUCGCGAACUUGAGAGUCCUAGGCCAAAUAUUAUCUACGAGAUGCUCGGAGAUACGCCCAGGGCACAAGAGCUGCAUGCUGUGGAGAGUUCUUCUCACUCUCCUCGUUCUCCAGAGCCUCAAAUAUCGCGGUUGCCCGGGACCAUUAGUCCGGUCAGCGGCCGAGGCGAGAGAGUUGUGAGUGGGAUGAGCGAUUCCACUCUUUGA